AUGGACUUCUUUCAGAGGCUACUGCGCUCCAGAGAGCAGGGCUUCUCGCAAAUUCCAGGCUCUUUCCCUGAGAGCGAAGAACACGGCAACAGCACGCCCCCGCAGCACAGAACGCCGCUCGAGUCCGUCUUGCGGGCCUGCCUGGGCGUACCGCUGUGGCUACUAUACCAUCUUUUCUCCUUCCUAGCUCUCGCGGUGAGCCUGCUGAGGCCCUUGAACCGCGUCUACGGCUUCUACAACCGAAAGAACAGAACCCUCAGCCACGAGGACGCUCUGUCUGUGCUCAUCGACGCUUUAUCGCUCGAGUAUUCGUCGUCCAGCGCCGGCAACGCAGAUGAGCAGAGCGCACUCCGUGACUCGUUCAGCUUUGCAUCCGUAUACGGCCUCGAGAACGCCGUGCUCUCGUCCUACAUCCAGCGCGGGUACGCGCAGCUGCUCAAGGCUGCCUCCGAGCAGGGAAAGUUCGCAAUCAUAUACUUGCACAACCCUCUCGCUGACGACUGCGGGCAGUACCUCAGUAAGAUCCUGUGCACGGAGCGGUUCGUGAACCUCGCGCAAAAGUACGAGACGCUGCUGUGGUUCGGGGACGUCACGGUCUCCGAGGGUCUGCAGGUCGCCAACAGUCUGAAAGUCAGGCAAUUUCCCUUUCUGGGGCUACUAGCCAUGAAAAGCGGGAGCAAGAUCGAGCUGAUCGAGCGGCUGGAGGGCGAGCUGCUCACGUAUUCCCUGGACUCGCUUGAGGCCAAACUGGCCAAGUUCUACCCCCGUCUCAUCGAGCUGCGGCAGCAGCAUCAGAAUACUGAGCUGCGAAGGCUCAUGCGCGAGCAGCAAGACUCGAGAUUUCAAGAGUCUCUCCGUCAAGACCAGGAGCGCGACCGCCGCCAGGAAGCGGCGCGCCAGAGAGAGGCAGAGGAGCGGCACGAACAAGGGCUCAAGAAGCAGUGGCUUCUGUGGCGCAGGUCUGUGCUGGCCGACGCGCCAACAAGCAUGGAGAGUGCGUGCAAAGUGGCCAUCAGGACCGCCGCGAAUGGGCGCGUGGUGCAAAAGUUUGACGCUUCCCUCCCUGUGGAGGAGAUCUACGCCUACGUCGAGCUUCUGAGCCAGGGGAUGCUGGAAACGCAGCGCGAUCCGCACAGCAGUCUCCAAAAACCAGACUACGAGUAUCGGUAUCCAUUCAUGCUCAUCACGCCGGUACCGCGCGUGGAGCUCGACCCGCAGGCCAUCAUACGCGAUGUCGAAGUGAUCUACCCUUCCGGUAACAUAGUUAUGGAAUCAUUAGAAUAG